GUUUGGGGCGGGGAGGGGGCGCGGGGCGGGGUGUGUGCGCUGCGUGCGCGGCUCCUACCGGCAGUUUCCGGGACCAGCAGGAGCUGCGGGAGCCUCUGCGGUGCCAAAAGGAGGCGGGAAGGACUCUUGGAAAGGCCGCCCCGCCCCGCUCCCCGUAACGAGCGCCUCGCCUCCGCUGCGAGUCCUGUUGAUCUCGAAGGAUAAAAUGAAUAGAAGGCAGGGAUUCUUGAUUAUUCAGGGCUUGUGAAUUACCUCAACUUCAUAGCAAGCACUUGCACAGAAGUGUAGGUUGAAGACUUCUCUUUGCAGUGCAUGGACGGAAAGCCAAUGCGCAGGUGUGCCAGUAAUCGAGCAGGCGAAACAGGAAUGGAUGUAACGAGCCGCUGCACUCUCGGAGAUCCCAACAAGCUCCCGGAAGGAGUGCCACAGCCUGCUCGCAUGCCUUACAUCUCAGACAAGCACCCCCGGCAAACACUGGAGGUCAUAAACCUGUUGCGGAAACACCGUGAGCUGUGCGAUGUGGUGUUGGUUGUGGGGGCCAAGAAGAUCUAUGCCCACCGGGUGAUCCUCUCCGCUUGCAGCCCUUACUUCCGAGCAAUGUUCACAGGGGAGCUUGCAGAGAGCCGGCAAACUGAGGUGGUAAUAAGAGACAUUGAUGAAAGGGCCAUGGAGCUUCUGAUUGACUUUGCCUACACAUCCCAAAUCACAGUGGAAGAGGGCAACGUUCAGACGUUAUUGCCAGCUGCCUGCCUCCUCCAGCUAGCUGAGAUCCAAGAGGCCUGCUGUGAGUUCCUGAAAAGACAGCUGGAUCCUUCCAAUUGCCUUGGCAUCCGAGCAUUUGCUGAUACCCACUCCUGCAGAGAACUUCUGAGAAUUGCUGACAAAUUCACCCAACAUAACUUUCAAGAGGUGAUGGAAAGUGAGGAGUUCAUGCUGCUUCCAGCCAAUCAGCUAAUUGACAUCAUAUCCAGUGAUGAACUGAAUGUCCGGAGUGAAGAGCAAGUGUUCAAUGCAGUGAUGGCCUGGGUGAAAUAUAGCAUUCAGGAGAGGCGACCUCAGCUCCCCCAGGUGUUGCAACAUGUGCGCCUGCCACUGCUCAGCCCAAAGUUCCUGGUAGGCACGGUUGGUUCUGACCCGCUCAUUAAAAGCGAUGAAGAAUGCAGGGACCUAGUGGAUGAAGCUAAGAACUAUUUGCUAUUGCCCCAAGAGCGACCACUGAUGCAGGGACCAAGAACUCGACCACGCAAGCCUAUCCGCUGUGGGGAAGUACUCUUUGCAGUGGGUGGCUGGUGCAGCGGGGAUGCAAUUUCCAGUGUUGAGCGCUACGACCCUCAAACAAAUGAGUGGCGGAUGGUGGCUUCCAUGAGCAAAAGGCGGUGUGGUGUUGGAGUCAGUGUUUUGGAUGACCUUCUGUAUGCAGUGGGAGGCCAUGAUGGUUCUUCCUAUCUUAACAGUGUGGAAAGAUACGACCCAAAGACUAAUCAGUGGAGCAGUGAUGUAGCACCCACCAGCACCUGCAGAACCAGUGUCGGAGUGGCAGUUCUUGGUGGCUACCUGUAUGCUGUGGGCGGACAGGAUGGUGUCUCCUGCCUUAACAUUGUUGAAAGGUAUGACCCAAAGGAGAACAAAUGGACUCGAGUGGCUUCCAUGAGUACAAGGCGCCUUGGGGUGGCUGUGGCUGUGCUAGGUGGCUUCCUUUAUGCUGUUGGGGGCUCUGAUGGGACGUCACCUCUGAACACAGUGGAGCGCUACAACCCUCAGGAGAACCGUUGGCACACAAUAGCACCCAUGGGCACUCGACGCAAGCACCUAGGUUGUGCGGUAUAUCAAGACAUGAUCUAUGCGGUGGGAGGCAGAGAUGAUACGACUGAACUUAGCAGUGCUGAGCGAUACAACCCCAGAACGAACCAGUGGUCUCCUGUGGUAGCCAUGACGUCACGCCGUAGUGGGGUUGGCCUCGCUGUUGUGAAUGGGCAGUUAAUGGCCGUAGGAGGCUUUGAUGGCACAACAUACUUGAAGACUAUUGAAGUGUUUGACCCAGAUGCCAACACAUGGAGACUGUAUGGAGGAAUGAACUAUCGUCGGCUUGGAGGUGGAGUGGGAGUUAUAAAAAUGACACACUGUGAAUCCCAUAUAUGGUAGAAAGCCAAUUGGAGAAAUCUCUCUCACUCCGAGUUCAUUCCUAUUAAAGAUGGUCAGCUUGGUGACUGCUGAGCUCUCUGAGGGUCUAGUAAAAUUGAGAUCACAUUUAUAUUA